UUUCCUUUAGUUUUGUUUAACUUUCGUCUUUGUUCGUUUGCCUUUAAGGACGAGUUAUUCGUAUUGUAUUUUUUUUUUCGGUCCAAAAUGUCAAGGUUCUCCAAUAGUUUAGCAGAUACCUUUUUAAACCACAAACAAGAAACACCUCGGACCAAGAAACUAGAAUUGAAAGGCAUUGCCGUGACAACGCUGGGACACAAGUGCGGUGUAACUGCAUGCAUUGAAGAGAUCGCCUAAAGCCAAUUUUAUUAUUACCGAUAAACAGAUAAACAUCAGCAGUGAUAUUCCCAAUAGUAUCUGUUAAAUGCCUUCCAAUUCAUGAUGGACACAGCGGGGCCAGAAAAGGACGAUGACCCGUCUAAGAUUUCCGACGAUGCCGAUGCUGUUCUCGAUAAUUUUUUCUACGACUGUGACAAGGAUAAUACGGGUCGAGUUUCCGUAUCGAAACUUAUCGAAUAUCUCCGUAACGCAAUUUCCAGUGGCACCGAAGAGUUUGCAGGUAGUCUGGAUGAUUUGUCACUAAUUUUGGAUCCAGAUGGAAAGGAUAUGGAAAUUGGUUUGACUUCUUUCCAAGAGGGCAUCAAAGAGUGGAUUUCUGAGAUUAGAAGACAAAGCUAUGUAAAUGCUGAUGAUGAAUGCCCCUCUCCUGUUGCUGUAAACUGUAUGGAUUCACCAGAGGCAAGAUCUUAUGGCAGCCCCAAGAGAUUCAAUCAUGUACCAGACAUACCAAAUGCUAGUUCAGACAGUGUCGAGGGCCUUGGAGGAACUUCUCCCGUCAAAGACUGGGAUAGUGAAUUGAUGAGCACCAUUGAAACUCUUCAGCUUAAUAAUAAGCGUCUCAUUGAACAGCAAAGUGCCAUACAGGCACAGAUGGAGAACACAGAAGAAGGAAACAACCUACUAAUGGCAGAAGUUGAGAGUCUAAGGAAGCAACUGAGAAGUGCUCAGCUUACCAUCGAAAAGAAUAAAGGGAAGGAGAAGGAAAAUGCUGAGUUGAGGCAAGCAGUUGCUGAUGCCAUGGAAGCAAAUCAAUGUCUGCAAACAAAAAUUACACAGCUGGAAAAAGAGCGGACCCUACAUGAAGGCAAUCUAAAGAACAUAGAUGAAAAGCUCCUUGAAACUCAGGCACAAGUAGAACUUCUUGAAGAAGAAAGAAAGAGACUUGUUAAUGAUCUAGCAGAGCAAAAGCAAUAUUGUACUGAUCUUGAAGAAAUUCAAGGAGUUAAGAAUGACAUGAUUGCAAAGGAGUCUUCAACAAAUUCUCAAAUGAUGGCAGGUUUUGCAUCACAAAAUGAGGCCUUAAAAAGGGAGAAAGGCAGAUUAGAACAUCGUGUUUUGGAACUUGAGGACAACCUGCUUAGACUUAAAAGGAGUGAAUUAUCAGCAGAAAAGAACAGUUUGGUUCAAAAUGGACCAGCAGCGAGCAGCACGCCAUUUGUGCGCCAGUCCUCUCUGCAGCAGGAGAUCCUGGACCAGGAGACUAGUGAAACUAUAGGUCUUCCUUCUCCAAUGGUGGGCAGUGGACUCAGUUUAAAUGACAGUCUUCAUGUCGAUGAUAUAGACACGUCUCUGACUGACUUGAAUCAGUCAUGGAUGUCUGGAGUAUCGCUUGAUUCAACUGGAACAACUGCUUCUUUUGAGAAAUACAGUCUUACUGCAAGACAGCUGGCCGGUGAAUUCAAUUUAAAGAAAGAAAAAACCCUAAAACAUCUCGAUGAGCUGACAGCACUGAACAGAAGUGUGGAUGUUAGAGAAAAGCGGGAGAUUAUAAGAGAACACCUUGCACGAGAGAUGGAUACAUUUGCAGAAAAAACAUCUUCUCUUUAUAUGAAGAAAAAAGCAGCAGAAAAGAGGACUGUUAAACUUCUUGCCAUUGUGAAAAAGCUGAAAGAAGAGAACAAAGAGUUUCUCGAAGAACGUAACGAGGCACAUCAAAAGCUGCGGCAGUUGGCUCUCCUAAAUGACGAAAACAGUGCAAAGCUUUUAGAACUUGAGGGGAAACAUGAACAGGAUAGGAAAACGGUUACAGAACAGAAUGAAAAGCUGGAAUCUCUUGAGCAGCAGCUAUCAACCGUCAGCUUGGAUUUCUUCAAGGCCAGGGUUGAGAAGGAAAGUCUUUCAAGAUGUCUUGAAAAUGAGAAACGUGUUACCACAAGACUUGAAGAUAAAGUUGGGCAACUUGAAAAAAAUCAAGAUGAGUUGGAAAGCCAGCAAACAAAUCUGCUAGUACAAAUAAAGGAGCUGGAAAGCGAAUUGGUGAAAGCAACGUCGCAGCUUAGUAUGGAGAAAAGAAGAACGUCGUCAUUAGAGGAAUCCAUUCAGAUGUCAAUUUCAAGACACUCAGAUGAGCUGAAGGACAUUUUUGAAGCAAUUCCUCAUUCAGAUUCAGAGCUUUUCAAUAGAAGUAGACAGUCACCUCGCUGUUCUUCCCCGUGUAUCACCAGCUACAUGGUGAGAACAAGACUGUACGAUUUUGUUUCAAAGUGUGAUGGAAGCAAACGGAUGCAGGGCGUCGGAAGCGACUAUCCAGAUCAGGAGACCACAAAAACUCUUCAAAAAGAAGAAGCUCUUGAAACUUUUGAGGAUAACGACUUAUUUAGGUUGCGAUCGCCGUCUUUAUCAAGUGACUCAUUAAGCCCACAAAUUGAUAGACACGAGUCAGACGAUACGUGUGAAUCGCCCAGCGGUAAAUUUGUACAACUUGUCGAAAAUGACGAUCGAGAAUUAUUAACAACGAGUUGUCAAACAGACCUUAAGGAAUUGGUAUCAACGGGUUCGCAAACAGAACUUCUGAGAGAACUUCAGAGGUUCGAGAGGGAACUUGGUGUUGUUGAUAAAGGAACAUGUACUGAAGAAGAUCAUUUUGAAUAUGAGAAGCAACGGCGACGGAGAUCAGGGAUCAUAGAAUCUCCAGGCCCAGAAGUAAGAACGUUAGGAACAACACCUAAGUCUAGUGAAGAGACUCCAACUAAAAUCACAGGGGGGGAUUCUAGUUCUGGCAAAGCAACUCUGUCAGUGGAAAAAGACAAGACGGCUACAAACUUAUGGAGAAAGAAACUCUCUGUUGCGUUUAAAAUCCCAGAAGAGUUUGAUUAUGAAAGUGCAACAAGCGCGGCGCUCGAAAAUUCAGUCGGAGGUAAUAAUUUUGUGGAUGGAGUGUCUCUUCGUGUGAGGCCAGCCCUCAAUGAUAAGGAGAUUGAGAAACAGUUCAAGACUCUGGUGCUAGCUUUCCAAACAGAUCACGAUACUCUGAAUCGACGAUUGGAGGUUCAGGCGCGUGCCAGAGAAAUCGCAGAAUCCAACAUGAACAAAGAGCUACAGAGUAUGUCUAACUCACUCAAGGAAUUUGAGCAACUGUGUUUCACUAAGGAUAUGCAGGAUAUGUUGUCACUUUUAAAGACUCACUUAGAGAUAAUAAAGAAAUCUUCGCAAAGAAUUAUUACUCAAACAGAACAACAUGGCUGUGUGAAACAGGAGGCUCGUAUGUCAUCUGGAGUGGAGGUCAUGAUAUGUCAUGCUGAGAACUUGACUCGUCACUUGGAGCGAGUACGAGAGGACCUCAAUGAUCUUCGUAUGAAGGAACGGCUGGUUGCUGACGAAAGUGCUUCACCUGGAACUUUAGCAAAUGGUCCUACACGACUUGGUAUAGAUUCCCAAACGGUUAGCAGUCCUUCAUCUCCACUUCCUCACCAAUCUGAAGGAGGAGGCGAUGGUACUAAACAGAACAGCCUUCUCAAUUUUGUCAUGGCCUUUCACACUACAUCGAUGCGGGCAAAAGAAGCUCUCCGAAGCUUCCGACGUCGCACGGAGGCCAGCAGACAAGAACGGGAAGCUUCUGCAUCCCCCGUGCGCCAGACUGAAGAGCCGUCAGGGAAGAAAAUGGAUUCGUCUCUGACAGAAAGUAUGCCAGAAGCUGAAUCCAGUGGCACUCCGGUAGUAGUUGUGAGUGACUCCGAAGGAGAAAACGACAACAUAAACACGGAACUAAGGGAAGGAACACAGGAUGAACAUGAAGAUGAGAUGGUUACUGUCCAUCUCCCGGCAGAGUCUGAAGGGAAUGACCAAAUAAAAGAUGCUAGUGAAAACGAAAGUGAAAGUGACGUAUUAGACUCAGAAGUCAAUUCAUUUCAAGAAACAUCUAAAAGGCCCAGUGUGUGUUGGAGAUUUUUAUCAGCUGCCUUCAGAUUUACUACUUUUGUCGUCAUCUUCCUGUUAAUUAUAUUUAUUGGAGUAACUAUCUUCGUUAAAACGGAUAUAGUUGUAAUAGAAAGAGACUUUGUUAUGUCAAGACUACGUAAACUUUUGGAUCCGUUCAUUGAAGUAGUUUAUCAUGAAGUUCCUCCUCAAUGAGAAGUUAUCUUCAAGUUACCUUGAAUCAUUUAAUGAAAUGAAAAAAGAACCAUUGUAUUUAUUAUUUGAUAUAGUUUAUAUAGUUGUGUUGGAUACAAAGAACAAUGGUUUUCUAUGAGAAAAGGAAUAUUUGUUUGGUUAAAUCAGCAAAGCUGGGAAUCAUGUAAAGUUACUCAAUAAAGUGUUGCAAAAAAGGGGACUAAUUGGAAAGUCAAGAAGGAAAACGGUCUUCAAAGGAUGUCAUGUACGUUACAGUCGUACAUUGUUCACUCGGCAUUUUUGUAAUGAAAAUUUACGCCACCUCUUACUCGUACGCACUUGGUAAAGAAACGAAUUUUUAUUGUAAUAUGCUU